AUUUGCGGAAAAGUUAUCAAUAAUUGUUUGAUGAUGCGCGUGUUUUGACAAUGUUUUGUUCUCGCUUGGUGUGUAAGCUUGUUGUGUUAUUGUGUUUGAAUUGAAAGUUUUGUUUCUGAAUCGAGAUGGCCACGAUUUUGUGUUUUCUCGGUUAUUUAAUCGCAGCUUUAACUACAGUAAGCAGUCAGUUCCGGUUCGAUUACACUUAUAAUGUGAAAGCCGCGGGCUGGGUGAAGUUGCACGAAGUGCCAGCUAGCUUCCAUGACGCUUUCAGGAGAUGUAACGCAGAAGGUGCGGUUUUAGCGUCCCCGCUGAACAUUUACCUCAAGAAUGCGAUGACGAAUUUACACAAGAAGACGAAAAGCGACGCAUGCGCAUUGUACACUGGUAUUCAUGCGACCAUCUCCAAAGGAGCUUACACUUCCAUCGAGGGGGUACCUUUGAACAGGAUUCCUACCACUUGGGCCCCCGACGAGCCCGACAACCACAACGACAGCGAGGACUGCAUCGUGAUCCUGCAGAACGGCACCAUGGCCGACGUCCGCUGCACCGAGACCUUUCCCUACGUCUGCUACAAGAAGAAGACGAAGACCUUGGCAAUUAACGACUGCGGUACGAUUGACAAUGAAUACAUUUUGGACCACAGGACGGGCAGCUGCUACAAGUUCCACAAGGUCGGCAAGAGCUGGAAGAACGCGUACAUGACCUGCAUCGCCGAGGGCGGUCACCUGGCCGUCAUCAACAGUGCCACAGAAGUGGAAGUCAUCAAGGAUGUCUUCGCCAGGGUGCCAGCUAAAGACAUCUUCUCCAAGUACAAGGAUGUCGCGUCCGUUGGAUACUACGAUUGGGGGGAGUUCGGCGUGUUCUACACUGUACAUGGUGAGACUCUAAAGGAAGCAGGCUAUUCUAAGUUCGGGGAAGGUAACCCUGACAACGGACGAAACAAGGACGGCGACUACAUCUGCGGGGCAGUUGCGCGAGACGGCCUGUACUACGACGUGUGGUGCAACAUCGAUAUAGCACCGUUCAUCUGCGAGAAGAAACCGGAAAGCUUGCUCAACGACGACGAAUGACCUGGAGAUCUACUCUAUUUCAACGAAAAACGAAAUUUCGAUCGAAAUUUCGCACGUUCCUUACUCUGUUUCCUUUUCAUUUCGAAAAUUCGUUCGUUCAAAAAUAGUUUGACAUUUAAAUUCUCCAAACUAACUCUAAUUCACAAAACUUUCGAAGGAAAAGUUGAAUUUGACAGAUAAUUGUUCGUUUUAACCUCAAAUUGACGAAAUGAAAAGUGUUACCUUUUCAUUUCCGUUUUGAGAUUUUUGUUUUAAUUAAGCCUAAAAUACUUGCAAGAGUAUUUUUAAUAAUAGCUGCAUAGCUCGAGAAACAUUUUUAGCAUGUAAAAUUAACAAAUAAACCAUUUUUUUUAUUAUUUGAAUUGUAAUUCCAAUACUUCAAAGUAUUAAACGACAAAUUCAGAUUGACACACAAUAGCUUCUAUCAACUCUACAAAUUAGUCGGCUAACACUGUCAAAGAAGAUUCCUUCAAUGUCAUCAAAAAAUUGCCGUAAACUGCCUAUAUUGUUUCCAAGUAAAAAAACCUAAUCUUAAAAGUAGAGAUAUAAAGAACUCACAAAAAUGACUCAUUCCAUUCGUUCACCAAAACUGAUUGUCGUUCCGAAGUUUAUAUGCCUGUUCGAAAAUGAAAUAGAGUAGAGUCAAUGGCGAAAUUUCGUUUAAAAUUCGUUCGUUACCGAAAUUUCGUUUCGGAGAAAGAGAGUAAAGCUCCUGAUACUAGACUUAACGUUAUUAAUAGAGAUGGGCCGACUAACCGACUAGCCGACUAAUCGGUUUUCGAAUUGCCGACUAGUCAGCCGACUAUUCUGCAAAGCCAAUUCUAAUACCUAUCUUAGGAAGAUGUUCGGAAUAUUUCGUCACUACUCGGCUUGCUCACGCACGACCACGAGUGUCCCAAAACGAGCCGAAAUAUUCAUGUUCCAACAUCACAAUUUUCCUCUAAGACUAGGACUAGGACUAAGACUAUAGACUUCUUUAAGACUCGCGCUAGCACUUAAGAUUUCACUCGAUUUAAAACGUACUUACUUCCCACUUCUAUUUUGUUAUGUGCGAUAUUCAUUGUGUUAAGGUAUCUGAAUUACUGACAGAUUCUUAAGUUCCUAAUACUUAUUAUGUUGUGACCUUAUUUUUUUUCAAUAUUUUAAGACUGUAGGUAACUUUAAAUACAUACUCUAGGUACUGUUUAAAUAUUCAAAACAAACAUUAGUUUUGAGUUUUGUUUCAUUGUUAUGUGCCGAUUAUAAUCGUCAUUUUUGCCGAAUAGUCGUCUUUCCCGACUAGUCGGCGGCUAGUCGGCCCAUCUCUAGUUAUUAAUGUUAUCGAAUAAACCUAGUUGUACAUAAACAUAAUGUGUUGAUAUAGUUUUGUUUCAUUCAAGUUAAAUUCUUCGUCGGGAAGGAGGCUGCUAUGGCCAGUGGCCGCUAGACCAGGAG